AUGGCGAUAUUGGCGGAAUAAUAAUUAGUCGCGUUUCUCUCAAUGCGCGAGAAAAACGUACUGAAUUAAUAAUAAAAAAAAGCGCCAUUAACGAAAAAAAUUGAUAAACCCGACACUAUUUAAUUUUUAAAGAGAAGAUAAUUACGAGACAUGGUAAAUGUUACAAAAGGCAUUUUAGUCGAAUGUGAUGCAGCUAUGAAACAGUUUCUUCUACAUUUGGACGAAACAUCUGCACUGGGAAGAAAGUUUAUAAUUCAAGAUCUGGAUGAAAGACACCUAUUCAUAUCUGCUGAUAUAUUAGAGACUUUGCAAGCAAAAGUAGAUGAUCUUAUGGAUCAGAUAUCAUUCACAUUGGCCGAAAAAUAAAUGUAAACAGAAAAAAAAAA